AUGAAGCUGGCAUACCUUUUCCUUGGCCCCAUGGUCCUCUUCCUCCUGGCUGGCUGCAACUGUGUCCUCAGCACCUCCAGUGGGAACCUGCUCACCUUUGUGGGCUGUGCUGUGAGGGAGUUUACUUUUGUGGCCAAAAAACCGGGCUGCAGGGGCCUUCGGAUCACUACUGAUGCCUGCUGGGGCCGCUGUGAAACCUGGGAGAAGCCCAUUCUGGAACCCCCCUAUAUCGAAGCCCAUCAUCGAGUCUGUACCUACAAUGAGACCAGACAAGUGACGGUCAAGCUGCCCAAUUGUGCCCCCGGAGUGGACCCCUUCUACACUUACCCUGUGGCUGUCCGCUGUGACUGCGGAGCCUGCUCCACUGCCACCACGGAGUGCGAGACCAUCUGAAGCUGGUGUGGCCCAUGGAACACAGCUGGCGGCCUUGAGCUUCACAG